CUUCCCAUCUUCACUCUGAAAUAAUCAUGGCUUGAAGCAAAAGAAAGCUCCCAUAAAUCCUCUCUCUCCCCUCGCAAGUGCACACACUGUUCGUCAGUUUCUUGCUUGUAGGAAGCGAGCUAUAAACGACGUCUUAGAAUACUAAAGAACAUGUUCAGGAACCAGUACGAUACGGACGUCACCACAUGGAGCCCUACGGGGAGGCUCUACCAGGUUGAGUACGCCAUGGAAGCGGUGAAGCAAGGGUCGGCUGCGAUUGGGCUCCGAUCGAGGACGCACGUGGUUUUGGGCUGCGUUAACAAGGCUAAUUCGGAGCUUUCAUCUCACCAGAAGAAGAUCUUCAAGGUCGACGACCACAUCGGCGUGGCUAUCGCCGGCCUCACCGCCGACGGCCGUGUUCUCUCUCGCUAUAUGAGAUCCGAGUGCAUCAACCAUUCUUUCACCUACGAAUCGCCUUUACCAGUUGGCCGCCUUGUCGUUCACCUUGCAGACAAAGCUCAGGUCUGCACGCAGCGGUCAUGGAAACGGCCGUAUGGUGUUGGUCUGCUUGUUGGUGGAUUGGAUGAAUCGGGAGCUCAUCUAUACUACAACUGCCCAAGUGGAAACUACUUUGAAUAUCAGGCUUUUGCCAUUGGCUCCCGUUCUCAAGCUGCUAAAACAUACUUGGAGCGUAGGUUUGAGAACUUCAUGAAGUCCUCACGAGAAGAUCUAAUCAAGGAUGCACUCAUGUCUAUACGGGAAACCUUGCAAGGAGAAACACUAAAAAGUUCCAUAUGCACGGUUGCUAUAGUUGGUGUUGGGGAGCCGUUCCAUAUCUUGGACCAGGAGACAGUACAGAAGAUGAUUGAUUCGUUUGAGAUAGUAACAGAGCAAGAGGGUCCUGUCUCAGAGCCUGAUGCUGGUGCUGACCAAGGUGCUGACCAAGGUGCUGCUGGAGAAGGUGCUGCUGGUGAUGAGCGUGUUGGUUCUGAUCAGGGUGCAGCGCCCAUGGAAAUGUGAAGGCCUGAGAACCAGUGGGGCAGCUUUCCAUUGUCCUCAGAACGGGGUUUCUCUAGAAUGUGUUUGGAGAAUUACUGGCUUGACACAAUGAAGACAUUUAUGUGGAAUUAUUUGUACUUGUUAUGCAAUUUAUCUUUACCUCAUAGGUUCAAAGACUAAAAUGCACGUGUCCGCUAAUCUAAAUCUUUAUAUUUAUCCUGCAGAUACGGUAUUUCAACGAGAUAUUUAUGUUCACUACUGGUUUGUGGCAAUCAUUUCAUGCCUUUGCAAAUCUUGGUUCGGACCAACCUACUUAA